GAGGCGCCUGCCGCUAACAAAAGUCGGCGGCGGCCGUUCUCCCCUUCCUCCCUCCCUCCAUCUCUCCCCGGGCAACAAGUGGCUGGCGGUGGCUUCCCGGGGGAGGCGGCAGCAGCGGCGGCGGGGCUGUGAGGAGGAGGAGGAAGGCGGAACGGCGCUGAAGGAGCGGAGCAGCCCCAGCGCCGGCCGCGGGGCGGUGGAGCCUGCGCCCGGGGGCCGUCCCGCCCGUCCUGCUUGUGGAUUAUAACUGGAGCCGCCUCCCCUGCCCUGACACCCCGGUUGGAAACCGGGGCGGGGAAGGCGUCCCGAUACAUCGUAUUUUUGUUUCUUUUCCCCCCAUUUUUUUUUUUUUUAUUUUUUCUUUGAGGGGCAAGGGAGGGCGUCGGCCACCCGAGAAGAAGCGGAGGAAAUCGCAAGUUUGCUUUGGACAUGUCGCCGUGAGAAAAAAAUAAAACAAACCUACAAUUCCUGGAGUCUCUUCCCACUCCUCCCACCCCCAUCUUUACUACACCCCGGCUCCCGCUCCAUCAUCCGCGGUGGCUCCGCGCCCCGCGGUAGAGAUGCUGCGCGGCGGCGGAGGGAGGCUGCGGUGAGCAUGAAGCCGGCAGGAUGGGAGCGAACAAUGGCAAGCAGUACGGCAGCGAGGGCAAAGGCAGCUCAAGCAUCUCAUCCGACGUGAGUUCAAGUACAGAUCACACACCCACCAAAGCCCAGAAGAAUGCAGCUACCAGUGAAGACUCCGACCUGAGCAUGCGGACGCUCAGCACACCCAGUCCAGCAUUAAUAUUUCCACCGAAUUCCCCCGGUUUCCAGAAUGGCAGAGGGUCGUCGACGUCUUCAUCCUCAGUCACUGGGGAAACUGUUGCCAUGGUCCACUCGCCGCCUCCAACCCGUCUCACUCAUCCCCUCAUCCGGCUGGCGUCCAAGCACCAGAAGGAGCAGGCCAACAUAGACCGGCUGCCCGACCACUCCAUGAUCCAGAUAUUCUCCUUCCUGCCCACCAACCAGCUGUGCCGCUGUGCCCGUGUGUGCCGCCGCUGGUACAACCUUGCCUGGGACCCGCGACUUUGGAGGACUAUUCGCCUGACUGGCGAGACAAUCAACGUAGACAGGGCUCUUAAAGUGCUGACCCGGAGGCUUUGUCAGGAUACACCCAACGUAUGUCUCAUGUUGGAGACGGUAAUUGUUAGUGGCUGCAGGCGGCUCACAGACAGAGGACUCUACACCAUUGCCCAGUGCUGUCCAGAACUGAGGAGGCUGGAGGUGUCUGGCUGUUACAACAUCUCCAAUGAGGCGGUCUUUGAUGUCGUGUCACUGUGCCCAAACCUGGAACACCUGGAUGUGUCAGGCUGCUCCAAAGUAACAUGCAUCAGUUUGACUCGUGAAGCCUCCAUCAAGCUGUCUCCUUUACACGGGAAACAAAUCUCCAUUCGCUACUUGGACAUGACAGACUGCUUCGUCCUGGAGGACGAAGGACUGCACACCAUUGCCGCUCACUGCACUCAACUGACCCACCUGUACCUGCGCCGCUGCGUCCGCAUCACCGACGAGGGUCUCCGCUACCUGAUGAUUUACUGCACGUCCAUUAAGGAACUGAGUGUGAGCGACUGUCGCUUUGUCAGUGACUUCGGCAUGCGGGAGAUCGCCAAGCUGGAGUCGCGCCUCCGAUACCUUAGCAUCGCUCACUGCGGCCGGAUCACAGACGUGGGUAUCCGUUACAUAGCCAAAUACUGCAGCAAGCUGCGCUACCUCAACGCGCGGGGCUGCGAGGGCAUCACGGACCACGGUGUGGAGUACCUCGCCAAAAAUUGCACAAAACUCAAAUCGCUAGAUAUCGGCAAGUGCCCUCUGGUCUCAGACACCGGCCUGGAGUUUCUAGCCCUCAACUGCUUCAACCUGAAGCGCCUGAGCCUGAAAUCAUGUGAGAGCAUCACCGGGCAGGGCCUGCAGAUUGUAGCUGCCAACUGUUUUGACCUGCAGAUGUUGAAUGUGCAGGACUGCGAUGUCUCUGUGGAUGCUCUGCGAUUUGUCAAACGACAUUGCAAGCGCUGUAUUAUAGAGCACACCAACCCUGCCUUCUUCUGAAAGGACACCCCACGCCUGUUCUUACAAUGCAGUAUUAAAAACACUGAUGUAUAAACACACGCUCCCAUAUUCAGUAAUGCUGUCUUUUCUAUAGCUCACGGGAGUCAGCUUUUCUUGUAUGUUGUGGGUGAGGGGAGUUUCUCGAGGACUUUUUCGUUUCCUUUUUGUAUGAUCACUUUUUAAGGUGCGGUGGGUCUCCGUGGAGAGGCUGCCUUAAUGCAAAAGCAAUGAGUGCUCAGCAUCCCCAGUGGGGUGCUAUUUCCAUAACAGCCAUGAUCUUGUCCCAGGCUACAGUAGCUACCUCCAAAGGAAAUAGCACAUAAUCCCUCCUUUGGAAAUGCUACUAAGCUGUGUCAAAUACAUCUGAACUCCAGCUGUGCUCAUGAAGCUGACUAUGCAAUAUGUGUCUGUGUUCCCCAACUUCUUCCAAUACGGCUGAUAAAGCAUCCCCUUGUCUCCAAGUAGUUUCUCUUUGGUAGUCAUCCAUUGUAAUCCCUCAGGAAAUACUGGGUAAUGUUCUUAAACAUACUUGAUUGAAGCGGAAUAAGACCUGCUGGCCGUUGCCGAGCACUCUGCUGAGUGAAUCUGGAGAUUGUGCCCAUGCAUGGAUUCUCUUGGAAGGCCCACCUCCAGGUCACUCGUGCAUCAUCACUAUUUGCCUUCAUUUCUAAAUCCACCCUCUCCUGCAUGUGUAGUACCACCAUCUGGUAGCAGAUAGGGACUUCUGGGUCUGAUAAGCAGUGUUAUAUUCACCUGAGUGAAGGAAAACAGAUGAGAUAUUGGUGGCUUGGCAAAGGGAAAAGCCAGCAAAUCAGCCUGAGAAGCUGCUGUAAUUCUGCAACAAGCUGAGAUAGCACUGUAAGUACACCGGGGACUCUCUGAGGCGUCGUGGAGCAGCUUGCACGGGACAGUCCCAACUGCUGUGCUGCGCGGCUGUCACCAGAAGGUCUGUCUUUGUUCCUUCACUGUAUCUCUUCAGCAGCCGUGGCACCACUGCAGUUGACACUCCCUGAGCAAACCAGGCACGUGCGUUGAGGUAAAUUCAGUAUGUGCCUUAAUAUACAUAGAAACCCGACCCUUUUCUGUAGCCUUCCAGUUCAAAGGGCAGAUGGCUGAUCUCGAGACUUCAAAGAUGUUAGAUAACACCCCUGGGGGCAGAGGGGCUUAGAGUGUUAUUCACAUUAGAUUUAGAUUUUGUGAAACCUUGUUUGUGUGUGUUCCCUUAGGCUGGAGAAACAACUGCUGUUCAACAAGGAAUUAAAACACCAGCAUUGCCCUCUGACACUGGGAGCCCCUUGUAGUCUCAUGGUCACUCUUGCUCAUGCAAGAGCAAGAGUGAUUUGGAGGUUCCUCCAUCUUAUUGCCUCCUUCCCCAGAGCGUGUGGUCAUUUCAUGGUUAUUUUCUGGCAGCAGUUUCUCUGCAUUUUCACAUGUAAUGCUCAGAUCUGAGAGCCAGACACGUUAGGGGUGAUGAUAUUUUCAGGCAGCCCCCCUGCGCCUGACUGACAGGUGAAUUCAUACGUUCAGCUCAAACGCUAUAAAUGUCUCAGUAGAGAACAUAAGAAGGGAAGCACCGUGUCUGGUUUUCAUAAGCAGUAGUUCCAUCAUCUCCAGACAACACUAAUAAAAUCAUUGAUAUGAAGUGAAAAUCCAUAUGCUCAAGAAAAAUACAUAACUGCUGAGGAAAUACUUGUAGCAAUGCUCUCUCAAAUUACAAAAAAGCAAUGGUUUGGACAUGUCCCUGCAGAGGGAACUUGUCCUACUGCUGCAAAAAUUCCUGUAACUUAUGUAUGUUCCACCAGUUUUGAGUUUCUUAACGUACAGGAUGUCAUCAGCUCUGAAUUAUAAAUCAGGUUGUACUAAAGCAAAGAGGGCCAUGGAAAAUGAAUUUGUCAUUGCUACUAUUACUGGUCAGUGACUAAUAGGGGGUGAUACCAUCCUUUGGCCAGUUAAUAUCACUUUGGUUUUCCUUUCUGUAUUUUUAAAAUUAGAGAUUCUUCUCCAGCAAGUAGUACAGUAUAUUUUAUCCGAGCCAGCUAUACUCUCUGUUUAUCCUUUAUCUCAAAAUGGCCCUGAGUAUAGUUAAAUGUUAAGCCCAUUCCUGAGGAUGGUGGGAUUUUGAGCCAUUUGCACUCAUGAAAUAUAAGGCCUCAUUAGUAACAUUUAACUGUUUAUUAAAAAAAAAAAAAAAAAGCUACUUUUCUGGCUAUGCUAAAUUGAGUGAAUAGUGCUACGUGGUUUUUAAGGUUUCUAAUGUUUAAAUUGGCCUGUACUGUACAAAUCUCACUAUAAAGCCUUAAUUUGCUACCAAGAAAUAAAGCAAUAUAUUGGUAACUGA